CUUUGUAAGACUAGUAAAAGGGAUCCACCUGACCCUUUAAAGGUAUCUCAAGGUUUCGCUUUUUCACUUUUAUUUUUCAAAUGGAAUGGUGAAUUUCUCUCCUCAGAUGUUUCUGCCAUUUAUUCUGCCACCUGACAAAAUCACGUUUUGAAACAACCGAGAUUCUAAACAGCUUUGAAGCAAACAAAACGCCAGCAAGACUUUUGCUUCCGACUCUUAAAACAUUUAAUGAAACAAAUGGCUAUAGCAGAAAUACUGGCAAUAACAAUCUAAUCGAUAAUAUCAUAUUUAUAUAAAUACAACAAUAACUUUUUUAUUUGCACAGACAUGUAUUUAUAUUUUAUGCUUUUCCGCCAUUUUCUUUUGUGAUAUUUAUUUCAAGUGACAGAAAAAAUCGUUUAAAUCUUACACACAUUCAAAGAAAUUACGGACAAAUAAAUACAGAUUUAUUUGAUUUGAUAUCAUCCGAAAUCAACAAAAUAUUUAUCAGCUGAAUAAAUUUAUGCUGUUAAAUCUUUCAUUUACAGACUCCAUUCACCUCCUACCGCGUUUAUAAUAGGUAUAUUCUUGAGUUAAAUCAUCAAAGCAGACGAUAAUAUUUGCAAUAUCGCCAGACGAGGGAUUUAGUUUGAUUGAAGAUAAAAUUGAUUGAUUUGUUUUCAUCAAUACCAAAUAGAGAAACAACAAGAAAAUACAACAUGAAACGUGAAAAUCGAUAUUUUGAAGUCCUUUUGUUCCUAAACAGUUUUUCGUUAUGUUUCUGCAAUAUCUGGACAUUAUUACAGAGUUCCCCCAUCCAAGGUCAGAUCAGUAAAAGACUUAGCACCCAUCCCAGGAAUAUACAUGCUGUGGUGAGUCGAAAUAUGCUCGAUCAGAAAAUGAUAUGUGAUAAAAGCAGCGACUGUAGUAACUCCAAUAUGUUCUGUGACCUUCAUUACGGUAUUUGCGAUUAUCAUCGAACUCUGGGUGAACCUUGCCGUGAGGACAGCCAUUGUGAGGGUCACAACAUCUGCAUGUAUGGACAAUGUGAAAAACGAGCCAGGGAAACCAGUCGAGGGGCACGGUGCCAGACAGAUAAAGAUUGCGAUUCCAGUAUGUGUUGUGCUCGAAGACAUGGCGAAAGAAUUUGCCAACCGAAACUGAAGAUUGGUCAGAAAUGUUAUGUCCCUAAAGGAGGAUUAGAUUACAGUUUGAACCAAGUAUGUCCGUGUUUAGAUGGACUUCACUGCAGAACCACCUCGAAAACUAAAUCAACAAGUCGGAAGAGUGGAUGGCACUAUUACAACUUCUUCGAGCACUUAAGAUGCAGCAAAUGAUGGAGACUACUACAACAACAAGAACACCAACAAGAAAACUGUAAACGUGAAACGCCGACACUUCCGCCAUGAGUAUUGGAUAUCGAAUUUCUAUGUAAACUAUGUGUAUAUAACAGCGACAUCAAAUACGACAAACAACAACAAUAAGAACAACAACAACAAAAGAGGCAGCUGCAGUACCGGCAGCAGCAGCAGCAGCAGCAGCAGCAGCAAUAGUAACACUGACAACAUUACAAAAGCAACGGCAGCCAUGUUUGUAUUUGAAUGUCCUCAAUAUAUUACAGGUACUAUUGAAACAGCAGUGGACGUUAUUUUAUAAUGUCUGGUAAUAAUAAGUUGAUGAUGCUCUUGUAAAAGUCAUCUCACAUUGCUGACGUGUAUAUUGCAAUGACUUAUGAGGGAGGAGAGAGAGAGAGAGAGAGAGAGAGAGAGAGAGAGAGAGAGAGAGAGAGAGAAGGAGGGAGAGAAAAGUACAAGGGGUAAAUAUUUUGGUGAGAACGGCUGUAAUGUAUAGUUUUAACCGCAGUACAUGACUGGUACUACUUAUAGACACAAGGGAGGUGAAAAAGAAAAUCAGCACUAGCGAAAUUUGAACCAGCGACGCUCUUUUUGAAACGCUAACAAAACCAACAUCGGUUUCUAAAAGCCAAGCAUUUCAAGGGGUAAUAUAUAGUGGAUUAAGUCUGCCCCAGGAUAUGACUGAUAUCUAGGAAGGACCAAGUUAAGUUUAGUGGGAAGUAAAUUCAUGGCAUAAAGGGGGAAUAAUGAAACAGUGUCUUACUUUACCCCUUACAUCGCCUACCAUCGAUCCACAAAUAAUAUUGGUUUCAAUAUGUGGGUGGGGGCAAGUCGAUGACAUCGACCCCAGUGCUCAACGGGUACUUAUUUUACCGAGUUCGAAAGAACGAAAGGUAAAGUCGACCUUGGCGGUAUUUGAACUCAGAACGUCAAGACAGACGAAAUGCCGCUAAGCAUUUUGCCCGAUGUGCUAACGUAUCUGCCAGUUCACCGCCUCAGCUCUACACAUGAUAUCGAUUUCUGACAUUGAUAUCACGCCAUAUUUUAUGAAAAGGCGCUAUCGAUUAUAUCGAUUAUAUCAAAAUACAGCUGGUACAUUAUUUCAUUAACACCAAAAGUAUGAAAGGAAAGGUCAACCAUGAGCAGGAUUCGAGCUCUGAACGCGAUGGAUUCCCUCCUAAAACUGUCUGCCGACCACUGACUCAAUAAUUUCACUUUUCCUGCGACCCACACAGAGGAAGAUCAAUGACAUCUUCUACCCCAUCAGGAUUGGCCAAGGGCUAAAUAACAUUAACAAGUCACAUGGAAUUUAUUGUUGUUGCUGUUGUUGCAGCCGUUAUUCUUUUAAGUCGUUGUUCUUCUUAUCGUUGCUGAUGUUGUUUCAGUUGUUAUUGCAGGGCUUCUUGCUGCCAUCGACUUCUUCAUACGGAACAGCAACAGAGAUUUUCAUAAACUGUAUUAGAGAGAUUUAUUUACGAAUGCAGACAAGCGCGCACACACACACACACACACACACAGAGGUUUAUAUAUAUGCAUAUCAAUGUGUAUAUGCAACCACAUACAUUCACAUGAAUAUAUCUGUGUAUUUAUUUAAAAAAAACGCUGCAGUUCCAUUGAAAUAUCCUGAGUUCCCUAAUAUUUGGGUUCGAACCGAAUAUCAAUGGGUCCGGGAUAACAUCAUCUGUUUUCCAGGGUUCCGACGAUUGAUAUUUUGGUUUGAAGUUGGUUAUUAUGGAAACUUGAUGGAGGAACAGGUAAUAUACAUAUCUAUCUAUCUAUCUAUCUAUCUAUCUAUCUAUCUAUCUAUCUAUCUAUCUAUCUAUCUAUCUAUCUAUCUAUCUAUGUCUUUUUGUUUGUCUAUCUAUUGUAUGCAUUCAUAUACAUGCACGCACACACACACGUGUGUAUAUAUCUGUGUGUAUGUAAGUAUGUGUAUGUGUGGUGUGGUGUGUGGGGAGAGGUGAGGAGACUAAAAUUUUAUCUGCCAAAAUAUAUACUUUAUAUUCUGGGUAGUCAGUCGUAUUAGUGUGUAUAUAUGUACGUACAUAUAUUUCAUCUACACACGAUAAAUAAACACACACAUA